CGGUGUUCUCGCGAGUAAUCAGUUGUUUCUCGUUUUACAAAAAUAAAAAAGACAAAAUAUUCAACAAAAAUGGUGUACUGCAGUGUCAAUUGUUGCAAAUUCAUUAGACAUAAUCAUAUUCUCACUAAUUCUACACUUAAAUUCCUAAAAAAACACUCAAACAUUGUUUUAAAAGCAAAACAACUUCACUUAACCUCCUAUAAUGAAUUCGCACGCAAUUCGUCGAUCAAGUGAAAAACCAGUGUAACCCUACUAAAAACGUGCUGUUCCACCAUCGAGCCAAACAAUGAAGAUAAUCCCACGCCGAUCCGCAACAAAAAAAUUUUUCAACAUUCACUUCUUGAUUCUAAGUUUAGUAAUGGCCCAAUUUGCUCUUCAAGAUGGCGUCACCUCUCGAGUAUUACUACUAUUUGAUGGAGACUAAAGGAGAUCCAAGAACAAAUGAGUGGUUUUUGAUGUCUUCCCCAGGACCAUUGCUGACAAUCAUCGCCACUUAUUUGUACUUCUGUGUGUGGGCGGGUCCCAAUUUUAUGAAAGACCGUAAACCCUUUGAGAUGAAGGGUAUUAUUAAGUUGUAUAACUUGGUGCAGGUUAUAUUAAGCGUGCUGCUUGUCUAUGAAGGGCUGCAAGGGGGAUGGGGGCAUAAUUACAGUUUUGCGUGUCAACCGAUUGAUUUUUCUGAAGAUCCACGUGCAAAACGAAUGGCUGGUGCUGUUUAUUUCUACUUCAUUUGCAAGUUGACUGAACUUUUAGAUACUGUAUUUUUUGUACUAAGAAAGAAAAUGAAUCAAGUAUCUUUCCUUCAUCUCUACCAUCACUCUCUGAUGCCUGUCUGUGCCUGGGUGGGUGCAAAAUUUUUGCCUGGCGGCCAUGGUACCCUUCUGGGAUUGAUUAACUCCUUCAUCCACAUUAUUAUGUACUCGUAUUACCUGGUGGCGUCUCUUGGUCCUCAAUAUCAAAAAUAUUUGUGGUGGAAGAAGUAUCUAACUGCAAUGCAAAUGGUGCAGUUUUGUAUAAUUGCCGUUCACAACUUCCAAGUACUCUUCAGACAGUGUGACUACCCGAAGUUCAUCGCCUUCCUGCUGGGAAUGCAAGCCAUAUUCUUCUUUUAUCUCUUCGGCAGUUUCUACUACCGCACAUACGUGAAACCCACACAUGCGCCGCCCCCGAAGGAGAUAGUUAACGCGGCAACGACUCGAAAGAACUCUGAUGGCGAUGGUAGCGCGGUUACAAUUGCAAAUGGCACUGGAAAGGCGAAAAAAACUAAAGCAAACUAAAAACCAUUGCGAUGGAAUCGUUUACGAUGGUUUUUGACCGUUUCAGACAUCACUAACAAUAUUUGUUUAUCAACUACGACGGUUAUUUAAUGUUUUUUCUGUGGAUUUAUUGUUUCUUUACGAAAUAAAUGAAUUUGUUAAUUUAAAUAUACAAA